ACGUGUGCUCUUCCAAUUCAACUGUUUGCUCAACUUGCAGUUAUGAAAAUAAUAUUGACACUUGUUAGCCUUUUGGCACUUACUCAAGCUGGAGUACUGCCAAAACCUUUUCAAGGGCGGAUUGUCAAUGGCGAUAAUGCUCAACUUGGCGAAAUUCCUUACCAGGUGUCCCUUCAAAUCCCUUACAGCUCUUUCCACUUCUGCGGUGGUUCAAUUCUAAAUGAGAAUUACGUUAUUACGGCUGCUCAUUGUGUUGAUGGGAGAUCUCCAAGUGAUGUAAAAGUUGUAUCAGCUACUGUCGAUUUGAUGAAUCCCCAAUCUAUUCAUGAAGUCAUCACAGUUAUCGUCCAUGAGAAAUACAACGAAAGGGAUUCAUGGCGCAACGAUAUUGCACUAUUGAAAGUAAAAGAUGUUUUCAUUGAAAGUGCGGUUGUAAGCUUUGUUUCUUUGCCGAGCCCAAGCCAAGAAGUGCCAUCUAAUUCCGUGGCAGUUGUGUCCGGUUGGGGAAGAUUAACGGAAGGUGGAAAUACGCCAACAAUUCUCCAAAAAACUACGAUAGUCAUUGCCGAUCAAGAUUACUGUCAGCAGAAGUACGGCUGGCAUAAUUUGAAUAUAUAUGAAAGUCAUAUAUGUGCCUACGACCCAAUUGAAGAAUCAGGCUCCUGUCAUGGUGACUCUGGUGGUCCUUUGACAGUUGACGGUAAACUCACUGGUCUUGUGUCUUGGGCGAUGGGCUGUGCAUCGACUGAAUACCCUACUGUGUACACCCGGGUUUCUCAGUACAUUUAUUGGAUCAAUGCUAAUGCUCUCUAAUUAGUUGUGACACUUUACUCUUGAAGAAAUUUUUAAGCUACUAUUGU